UUGAUCUGUGUGGAGUCGGUGGUGGGACAGGGGAAGAUAGCCCCUCUGCUCCCCGAGGAAUUCGCCGCCAACAUGCUCCAGAACAAGUUCAACCACAAUGGCUUUGUCGUGAAUCACACUUGCGCCGGCACCUACUAUUCCAGCUACUCCCAGCAGAUGAUCCGCGCGGACUGCACGGCCACGGGCUACGCCAGCAACAACCAGAGCCGUCCGACCCCGUUCACAAGCAACAUAUUCCUCAGUCUGCUGGAUUUCACGAAGACCCCGACGCUCAACACCUACUUCGAGAUGGACAACCUCGUGAACAAGACGAAGUGCAGCACAUACUCGACUUCCUGGCUACCGCCGCCCAGCGCCACUUUUCUACGAGACGUGAAAGCCGCGUACGCGGGCGUGGAAGUGACGGCGGAGUACGGGACCUGCGAAAAGUGGUCGUUCAUGCUAGAGGAACUCCCUAAAACUGUCUUCACCUUCUUCUUCGACUCAUUUUCCACGUUCGUGAGGUACGACUUCACCGCAUUCUCUGACCCGGACCAGGGAAACGUGGGAGUGACUAACCUCUUCUUCAACACUGCCACUGGAGGCAAAGAUUUUCUACCUCCCACUAUAUUUGCAGGGGUCGGGACAGUGCCCUAA